GAUUAAAAGAAAUAUAUGACAAAGCAAAAGAACUAAACAACAAAGAAAUAGAUAGAGCAAAAGAGCUAAAAACAAAGCUCAUAAUGCAAAAGAAGAAUUAAAUGCGACUACAGAGCAAGAAUCUUCAAGGCAAGAUAAAAUACAAGAAAUACAAGACGAAGUAAAGAAGUUUAAAUUGGAAAGAAGAAGACAAUGGGAUGAAUAUUACAUGAAGAUAGCCUGUUAAGCUGCUUUAAGAAGCAAAGAUCCCAGGACACCAGUUGGUGCAUGCAUUGUUGACAGAGAAAAUGGACAAAUAGUUGGGAUUGGUUAUAAUUCCAUGCCAAAAGAUAAAGAUUUUACUUGGAAAGGUGCAAGUUCUCGGAGUGAAAUAAAUUCAAUUAAUCCUAAAUUAAAAUAUGCCUAUGUUGUUCAUGCAGUAGUUAAUGCUAUCCUUAACAAGACGAGAGAGAGUAUCAAAGGAUGUAUAUUAUACACAACACUGCAUCCUGAUGAAGACUGUGCUCAUGCAAUGAUACAAGCUGAAAUGAAAGAAGUUGUUUACUGUAUGUACACAAGGAAAGAUGAACUGGAUCCUGAUCAGAAAAAAGCACAAGUUAUUUUUGAAAUAAAAAAGAUUCAAUACAGGGAAUUGCCACAAAAUGAUGAUUUUAAAGAUGAUAAGUAUGUGAAAGAAUUACAAAGAAGGAUUGAACAAGGUAAAAAAGAAAAAGAAGAUGCAAAGAGAGAACCUGAACCAGCAACAGCUAUGCCACCAGAAAAAUUCUUUAUGAGAAUGGCAAAACUUAGCCAAAAAAGACCAGGAGAUUUUCAAAACAAAGCAGUAGGAGCAUGUAUAGCGACACCAAACAAACAAAUAGUGGCUGUGGAAUACAGUGGUGAACCUGAUGGUAUACAACUUGAAAUUGAAAGAAAAGCAAAAGAAUUACAUCCAGGGCUACAUAUGAGUAAUGAUUCAAGCUUUUUUGUACAUGCUGAAUACAGAGCAAUUGUGGGUAGAUCAGUUAGAGGAUGUACACUAUAUGUCACCUCAUAUCCAUGCAAUGUGUGUGCUAAAGUUAUAGUAGAGUCUGGUAUAAAAGAGGUGGUAUAUUAUAAAGAUGGAUAUUGCCGGAAUGAUGAUCGAUACAAGAGCUCAAGAAAAAUAUUGACUACUUGUUUAGAUCCUUCAAACAUAAGAAAAUAUGGGAAUGGAGGCAGCAGAAAUGAGAUUCAAGAUGAAGCAAGUCGCAGCAUUGCUAUUGAAGGACCAGGCCAUACUUACUUUGGAAAGAUAAUAAUAACUGAUGUGCAGUAGUGAAAUAGUGAAUCAUAAUGUUACAAAACAUUAUUAUUAUUAUAUUAGUAUUACCAAGAGUAUAUAAUAUAUAAAGAGAGUAUCGAACGGCCCUAUAGAAGACUACUGCAUGAGGGCGUAUUUGCUCAAAGUCACAAUCC